AUGGCAGCCUGGAUCCUCUUGGUGUGUGUGCUCAUCACUCUGCAAGGCUCAAAGGCUCAGGAUUGUGGGGUGGCACCUCUCAAUACAAGAAUAGUGGGUGGUCAGAAUGCCACAGCUGGGUCAUGGCCCUGGCAGGUGAGCGUACACUAUCAAUCAUCUCACAUCUGUGGAGGCACCCUCAUCAGUGACCAGUGGGUGCUCACAGCAGCUCACUGCAUUAUAACAAACUCACUCAGUGCAUGGACGCUCUACUUCGGGAGAGAGACUCAGGCUGGGCCUAACACUCAUGAGGUGAAACAGAGUGUGUCGCAGGUCACUGUCCACCCUAACUACAACAAUUCUUACUUGAACAACGACAUUGCCCUGAUGAAGCUCAGCAGCCCUGUCAGCUUCACUGACUACAUCAGACCUAUCUGCCUGGCAAGUAGCUCCAGUCAGUUCUACAACUCCACAUCCUGCUGGGCCACUGGCUGGGGCAAACUCACAAAGAAUGAGACUUUGCCAGCUAAUGCACCCCUCCAAGAAGUUCAGAUUCCUGUUAUUGGAAACAAACAGUGCAGCUGCGAUUAUAUCCCAGCAAAAGAUGCGAACAUCACUCAGCAAAUGAUUUGUGCAGGGCAACAGAACAAAGGAGCAUGCCAGGGGGACUCAGGUGGACCUUUGCAGUGCAAACAGGGUUCCAAGUGGAUCCAGGCUGGUAUUACCAGUUUUGGAGUACCUUGCGCCCAGGCAGGUUUCCCUGAGGUCUACGCUCGAGUGUCUGAAUUCCAGACUUGGAUCACAAAUCAAGUAGCGGGGGCGAAUGUGGGCUUUGUGACCUUUACUUCUAGUGGCACUGACACAGACAGCAGCUUUGUGUGUCGCAGCAACAACUCCACUGGCAGCACAAACUCUGGAAUUUCAGCCAAGUUUGCACCUGAGCUUGGAUUUUUUAUCUUCUCAGUGAAAAUGUUGCUAGACCGCAUUUUAGUUUAA